AUGGCAACGGCUUCAAAUCAACCGCAAAAAAUGCUGCACGUGGACUCGCCCAACGAGCCCUUUCCGGAUCCGAGCCAGCUCACGCAGGCGACCAAGAUCCACCGGCAGGGCAACUUUGAGAUCGCAUCACGCAAGCUCCCCAUCUCCAAGUCUGGGCCCAUCGACGCCAUGUCGGCCCGCAUCGGCAUCCCGGUGCCCGAGAUGAUAUUUGGCGACAACCUCGUCUCGGUGCGUCACGUGCCCUCGGGCUGGACCAUCUCCUUCACCGCCGAGGCGGCGCUGGACAGGGUCGAGAAGACGGACAAGGGCAUGCUGCAGGUCGCGUACGCCGGGGCGUGGUCCAGCUCGCGCGAGAACACGAGCGCCGGCAUCAAGGAGGUCGUGCGCCCCUUCGACUGGAGCUACAGCACCGACUACCGCGGCACAGAGGAGCCUCCCAGGCUUGCCCCAGGUAGCGGCAAGCAGAUCCCCAUCGAGCUGCUCAAGCGCCGGGAUCCGAUCCUGUUCUUUGACGAGGUGGUGCUGUACGAGUCGGAGCUCGACGACAAUGGCGUCUCCAUCUUCAGCGUCAAGGUCAGAGUCAUGGAGCACCGCAUGCUGCUGCUCGCACGUCUGUACAUGAGGCUGGACAACGUCGUUGUUCGCGUGCGGGACACACGGCUCUACGUCGAUUUCGAUACCGAGGAGGUCAUUCGCGAGUACACGGCCAAGGAGGACAGCUUUGCCACUGUUAAGCAGGGCCUCAUGCUGCAAGGGUUGGUCCCAGAUAGCAUCACCACGGCGUUCAGGGAUGCAAACCAAAUAGCAGAGCAUGUUCGUGUUGUAGAUCAUCAAGUGGACUAUGCAAGCUUCUCAUGA